AUGGCGGACAACGAAAGCGAUUUAGAAACAGACGGGCUUGAUUCAGCCCUGGAUGCUCUGUGUCUCAGACACUGCAGCAACGAGUCCUCUCUGAACAGUAAGGAGUACUGCUCUGAGUUUUGUGAGCUUGUGGAGGAGUACACCGGUCAGUGGCAGGUUCCUCUCCCUCAGCUCAAGGUGCUGCGGACUGCACUCUCUAAUUUUACAAAAGCCACGGCUGCCUUUCCCAACGACUGCCAGCACGUUCAAUAUGUCCUCAGCAGUCUGGCCUUGAGCUUCUUCGAGCUGAUGCUAUUUUUCAGCAAGGAGGAGUUUGUGGAAGAGCCUUUAAAAGACAUGCUUGAUUCUUUUCAGGAAUGCCACUCUAAACUCCUGAGAUACAGGAACAUCUACCUUCAGCACAUGAAGCAGAUUAUCAAAGGAGGAGGUCCAUGGGAGAAUCCAGUGUUGCAAGGAAUUCUGAAAGAGGCAGAAUUGCCACCAAAUGAGAUUGAGAGCUACUUGAGUUCAGAAUUGCCAAUAUUUUUGGAGCUGCGGGUUCGGUAUAUGCAAGCCUGUGAACGAUUACAGGAGGCCAUGGCUCUGGCUAAAUGCUGUCUGGAAAAUCCUGAAACUGGAAAGCAUCUGUACUUCCAUCAGGCCUACCUGACCUGCCUUUACAAGGCCUCACUAUAUGAAAACCUCCAGAAAGAAAUGGCAGAACUCGAUGGCCGUGAUGCAGUGGAGAUCAUCUGCAACACAGAAAGUGUGGAGAAAGAUGAACUUUUGUUGUCAUUGUGCAAAACGUUUCUCACUCGGCAGUUAAAUAAUGGGGACAUGUAUUACAUCUGGGACCUGGUUUUCAUCUGGAGUAGGUUGUAUCUUCGGGCCCAUCCGUCCCGACAAGGUUUCCUAUCCGAGUGCUUGCAGCUGGCUUCAUGUGUUACCAAUGUCAGAGCCAUAUUCCCUUUCAUCAAACUGGUUACCACAGAGCUGGGCUCUGAAGGGGUCCAGGUCUGCGUGGAGCUCUGUGCCAGGGCCUUACAGCUGUGUGAUGAGCAGGCUGACUCUGUAACCCAGUCACUGGUCUGCAAAACAAUCGCCUUCCUGCUGCCUCGUGACCUGGAGAUUUGUCGAGCGUGUGCCCUGCUUGUUUUUUGCCAGGAACGAAGCCUUGAGGUGUACCGAACUGUCUGCCUGCUUUAUAUGCAUCCCGAUCAGGAGCCACAUCCUCAUAAUAACCCUGUCCCGACCAGUGUUCGCUUUCAUAUUCUGCAGAUGCUCAAGGAGCGCCUGUGUUUCGACCCUGAAUUUUGGAACCUUUUCACUCUCAGGACUCAUUGUUUGGAGUUGAUGAGUGACAACAUUGUGAAGGACACUGUACUCAGUGAGAUAAAAGAAGAAGAGGAAAAGGCAUACAAUGAAGAGCCCAUACUAAAUAGCUGUACUGAGGAGUCGUGCACUGUAAGUUCCACUUCAUGCCACUGCACUCGAAGAACAGCAUUCGUUCAACAGGACAACGCUCAAAAGCAAACUGUAGAUGGAGUUGGAAGAAAGUGUGUUGUACCUAACAAUUCUCUAAAGAGCAGAAAAUGGAGGAAUAGGCUCAGAGAGAAAAUACAAUCCUUGUCUGAUGAUGAGUUCGACCUCGAUAAUGAUCCAGAGUUCAAAUGUAAAGCUAAAGCUGCCUCUGUGGGGAGUAAACCUAUGUACUCACUGAGACAAAAUCACACUAACACAGAGAAUUCUGCCUCUAUUAAGUUCCCGCUAAGCCACAAAAGAGAAUACUUGUCUAGAUGUGUUAAGAGCCAAAUUCUCAAAAAGAACGGUCGGAAAACGAGAUGGUUGCAAGGCCUCCCAAGGCUGGAACAAAUGCAGAUCGUUAAAUUGAAAAGAAUAAUCGUUGGAGACGAAACGCGGGGAAGGAAACCUUUUGCAAAACUAGAGCUCUCCUUCCCUGAUAAUGAAAUAUACCUUUCAGAGGAAUCGUCUGGAGUGGAGUCAAAAACGGACACUGAAGACACUGAGCCGAAUGUGCUUUAUAAGGAUGUUAAACUUGAAAACAAAAGUGGAGAGAAAGAGAAUGAACUUGAGCAUCUGAGUGACCCUGAAAAGGAAAACGGAGAAGACACAAGCUUGGUUUGUGGCAGCGGUCAGAGUGAGCUCACACAAGAGAAAUCACAGACAAAGUUGGAAGCUAAAUCUUGUGAAGAUCCCCCGAGUCAGGGCACAUCAGCUGUUCCCGCUGCUGAAUCCAACUUGGAGCUUGAUGGUCAACUUUUAGAGAUCAUUGAUAAUCCAGUAGAGGUGUUUCACAGUUACUCCCUUCGAUCCAAAAACACUGACGAGAAACCACAGCCCCCAGAAUCAAAUGCAUCGGAUGAGAUUAACGGCGCUACAGAACAGAAGCCCAAGCCAGAAGAGGAAACUAGAGUACCAAAAACUCAGGGAAAAACCUGCGUACCAUGGAGAGAGAGAGUACUUCGCACUCAACAGUACGGACAUUUAACGCACUCCUGCAAGUUAUGCAAUAAAACCUAUAAGGGUUUGAAUGUCAUGAGGCACGCACUCGCUCAUCUAAAGAAGACAAGAUUAAGAUGCAUACUCUGUGGAAAACACUUCAAACAGUUUCAUUUGGCCAAAAAGCACAUUUUGGACCACAUUGAUGAAAUGCGCAAACAGAAGCACUGCGAGAAGUCCGCAGAGGAAACUCCACCUGCAAAUGGAAUUGUGGAAAAAGAGUGCGGUCCUCAGGUUGAAAAUCAUAACUCUGAUUCAAAACAAAAAACCUCUGAAAAGAAACCCAAAGGCAAUAAAAAAAGGAGUCUUAGCAGAAAUGAACGCAUCAUCAGGAACGUCCGAACCCUCAUAAAGAGGUGUGGUUUGCUUGGCAAAAAAGGCAAAAACGUGGACACAACUACAAAGGAAGACCAAAUAGAUGUAAAGGAUGAGCAGAUCGUCAUUACAAAAGAUCUGGUGAUAAUAAAAGAUGUAUCGUUGAUGGAGACAGAAGAAGAUGGGUUGACGGUGCCUGCAGGAGAAAAUGGUGUUGGUGUGGACAAAACGUAUCAGUUGUGUCCAUCGGUGUCUUGUGACAAAGUAUUUUUAAAGCUCGGCAGCACGCUGAUGAAGCAUGCCGUCAAAAACCAUAUCGAUGAAGACGAUGUGCUAGAGAAGGUUUUCGUUUGGGCCAAACACAAGUGCAGCUUUUGUGUCAGGGAGAUACACAUUCUUCAGCAGUACAAGGACCACAUGAAGCUCCACAACUUUGCUCUUCCUCUCUUCUGCUACCAGCUAGAGUGUGAACAGCGCUUUUUAGUGCAGCAGGAUUUUAGGAACCACAUCGCUACCCACCAGCCCUUAAGGCUUUGCUGUCAAUAUCCAAACUGUGAGAAGCUUUUCGCAAACGUACAAUGUCUUUAUGACCACGAAUGGAGGCACUACAUUCCAGUGCCGCAGAAAGAUGAGCUGGAGUCGGGAGCCAGUAAUCAGAAAAAGGAAAGUGAAGAAGCUCCUUGGAAGCAGAGAGUAAAGGUGGAGGAGAUUUGGCUUCAGAAUAAAAAAAAUCCAGUUUUUCACACAGAGUUGAUUAAAACUGGAUAUGAAAGUUGUGAAACAAACAUCUCUGAAGUUCAGAUUAAAAUGGAAGCUGAGGGUAGUGCAAUAAGUAUCCCAGACAAAAGUCAGUAUUUGUUUAUGCACGAUGAUGGUUCAGCAGAAAAGGUCAGUGAUGAGCACGUGGAUAUUAAGCCAACCAUAAAUGGAAAUGAGGCAACGAGAACAGUGGAGGAGGACCUCCUGUUCAUGGCGCACGCUGCUGUUCAAACCUCUUCCAAGACGAAAGGUGGGAAAAAACCUCGGAACUGGGACGUCCUAAAUGUCAAAAAUCCUGAAGAAAUUACCACCUUGGCUCAGGGAGUCCAGAUCAUAGCAGAGCCGCACAUCACCGAACACAAAAGUUUCAAGCCUGAAGAUCCCGCCUACGCACAGUUUGUGAAAAAGCACUUCGUCCGCCCUCCACCUUCCCUGUACCUUGAUGAAUCUGUGCUCUCGAUGCGCAAGAGGAGGUUCACUGAUGAGCCCUUGGCCCCAAAACACACUUACAACCGGUAUAAGAAAAAGAAUGAAGAGGUGAAAAAAGGGCAGCAGAAGAUUGUUGUCCCAGAACCAAUCGUCAGACGGCGUUGUGACAAAUGUCUCGUCUUCUUCAGCUCCUUGGAAGAAUUCCAGAAACACCAAGCGCUCAACACGUGCUCGUCCCUCUUUGGUUUUGAUUCUGACGAUGACACUUAGAUGGAGGUAUUAUAAAGCACCCUUUUCCAUGAAAAGCCACUUUAUUAUUUUGUUUGUGAACAGGAGCUUCUACCAGAAUCCACGGCACUUAUUCUGUCAAUUACAAAAAGCAAUGCUAAAAUAUAAUUUGAUAGAAUUUGAAAAGAAAAUGUCAGACCUUUUGGUAUUGAUCUUAUUUAGUUUAUAUUUUAUGAUUUGAUCAUUUUAAGUAAAAACAAAAAACUGUUUCUCCACAAUUGUUCCUCGUCAACUGAGUUUAAAUGAGAUUAGAUAGACCUUUUAUUGAUUCCUUGGAAAGAGUCCUUCAGGGAAAUUAAAAUUCCAGCAGCACUGUACAGGUGAUAGAAAAAAAAAGGGACAGCAGCAGCGCACAGCCGAAAAGUGACUAAGUAUAAAUAAUGUAAAGUAAAAUAAUGUACACGUAUACAGAUUUAACAGUAAAUAAUACUAAAACAGUUACUGGCAGUUUUAAGGUGGAGGUGACUGUUGCUCCUUCCCAUCCUCUAUCUUCCUGUUAACCCCCCCCCAGUGAGAAGAUGUACAGUCGGAUGGCACGAGGGACAAAGGAGUUUUAUCAGUCUUAAGGGUGCAUUUAGGGAGGAGCAGUCUCCUCUGGUUGCUGAUGACUGUGUGCAG